GUUUCAGAAGGGAGUAAACGUAUUUAAUUUUCACAACCUCCAAGCCAGCCUCCCCAAUAUUCUUUGCUUUCAUUCUUCGUUUACUACAGUCUACAAGCCCCGAAAAAAAGUAAAGUCACCUACUUGUAAAUGGGUUCACCUCACAAACCCUAGAAAUCUCACUACGCCAAGCAAACCAAGAUUCAGCUGAAGAAACCCAGUUCAGCCAUGGCCAAGUUCAACAUUCCCGCCUGCUUAACGGUGCUAACUUUCGUGAUUUCUCACUUGAAAAUGCUAAAUGCUGGCUCAAGUUACUCCUUUUCCUUUGAAACUUUUGAUAAAAAUCCAAACUUUCAGUCCAACAUUGCUCUUUAUGGUGAUGCGAAGGUCGUUGGUAAUGGUUCUCUUCAACUCACUCGCGCAGUGAGUUCAAGUGCCGGACGAGUCAUGUACAAGCAACCCAUCAAGCUUGUCGAAGGUAUUUCUGGAAAUAUGGUUUCCUUUUCCACCAAUUUCUCAUUCUUGAUGUCAACUGAUGAUGGAGAUGGUUUGGCUUUUUUUUUGGUUCCUAGUGGUUUUUAUGUGAGGAUGUUUGAUAACAGCCCAUUUGGGCUAUAUUUAGGAUCAGAGAAAAGUAGUCCUAAAUUUGUUGCUGUUGAAUUUGACACGACGAGAGAUGCUAAAUUUGGUGAUUUGAAUGAUAACCAUGUGGGAAUUGACGUGGGUGGUUUUGUGUCAGUUAAAGUGAGAAAUGUUUCGUCCAAUAAUAUGGUUUUGAAUAGUGGAAAAAGAUUGCAUACUUGGAUUGAUUAUGAAGCGGGUUCGAAAAGAUUAGAGGUUAGAUUGAGUCAAUCUGGUGAUAUAAAACCAAUUGAUCCACUGCUCUCUUACCCAAUUGACUUAUCAAAAAUGCUCAAUGAUGAGAGUGUUUUGAUAGGCUUGAGCUCAUCAAAUGGAAAUUCGUCUCAGACUUGCUUCCUCUAUUCAUGGAGCUUAAAGCUAAGGCAUGUCCCCCAUUGGAUGCAUUCUGAGCCACUGGAUCCUCGGGCUUUUGCUAAACGUGCGAAACCAGUGGUAGUUCAAAAGAAGAGUGAUUGUAUUUUAAAAAUCCUUGCUGCAAUGAUUUUUGGAACUGCUUGUGGAGCACUGGGGGCAUUCAUGGUGUUACAUCUUUGGACCAUAUUUGGCAAUAGGCGCCCAGUUGUGCCAGAAGAGUGUUCUGCCCACCCUGGAGAUUUUGAAUACAAGAAAGUCAAAGUAGUUGUAGAUAAAGCCGUCCAAGAUGGCAAGCAUUAGGUACUGGAGCUUAGAUCUGCUGGAGGCUUGUAUUGUAAAUUCCUGUUCUUUUAUUUUCUUCUUCUUGGUACUUGUUUUAGCAGGUUUUGUUGUGUUGUUGUAACUGAUGGUUAAUUGUCCAAAUGUAGUUUUUGCAUAUUGUCUAAUCAUGGGAGCACUGAAAUUUAACUAUGAAUUGAAGAAAUGGUGUGUAGAUUAAUUCA